AUUAUAUUUGAUUUAAUUUAAUUUAAUUUCCUUUCACGUAUUUUUGUAAUAAUAACGAGGAGGGCAACAAAGGCGCAUCUUUCCUCUAACAAUCAGCCGUUCCAGGUUCCAUUGCUUAAUUGGGAGCUUUUCCGUAUGUGGGUUUUUUCCCCAAAUGAAAACCCUAAAUUGAAUUUGUGUAGUUUUCAUUGAUAAAAAUGCCAUCUUGGUUACUUCCCAAUCUGAAUGUUGCUCUCAGCUUCGGCUUCCCUAGGGCUGCAAGAGUAAAUCAAUCUCAACCCCUCCAUUUGAUAGAAACCCUUUUCACCCGUAGCGGUAAAAAUCGAAUGGCGGCUUCUUCUUCCAUGGUUGCCUCUGGGGAUGUUGUGGUUGAUACUCUGCUGUCCAGCUGUGGCAAUGUGUCGGGUUUCUUGAAGCCCGGUGGUGUUUUUUACGGAGAUAGGAGUUUUAAGGUAUGCCGUAAAGCUAGGGUUAGCAUAAGAAGUGGAGGGAAUGGAAGCCCCAAUGGCUUUCGAGAAUCCCCUAUUUUCGAUUUUGUGAGGAGGUGUAGUAGUAACUCUGGUGGUGCUCGUUCGUCGAAAGGGAUGAGUGAACCUCGGAGUUUUUCGUCUUCGUGUUACUCUGAUGGGAAUGCGCCUGAAGUGUCGAGUGAUGGAUCUUUGAGUGUGGAGACGCUUUCGAGCCUUGCACUUUCGACUGACGAGAGUCGGAAUCACAGCGUUCUGAAGCUAGUUUCUGGAGUGUGUUAUAUGCCCCAUCCGGAAAAAUUAAAAACGGGAGGAGAAGAUGCACAUUUUAUAUGUGAGGAAGAGCAAGUAAUUGGUGUGGCUGAUGGAGUCGGUGGAUGGGCGGAUGUGGGAGUCAAUGCAGGAAUAUACGCGCGUGAGCUCAUGUCUAAUUCGGUCAAAGCUAUUAGAGAAAAUACGGACAGUGACGUUGACCCUUUGCUCGUUUUAGAAAAAGCCCAUGCAAGAACUAAUGCCAUGGGUUCUUCGACUGCAUGCAUCAUUUGCCUCAGAAACCAGGAUCUUCACGCAAUUAAUCUUGGAGACAGCGGUUUUACAAUCGUAAGAGACGGUCAAAUAAUAUUCGAAUCCCCCGUUCAACAACACGGAUUCAAUUUCACUUUCCAACUCGAACGAGGCAACACAGGCGAUAUGCCAAGCUCAGGACAGGUUUUCAAGAUUCCGGUAGUGGCUGGAGAUGUAAUUGUUGCGGGGAGUGAUGGGUUGUUCGAUAACUUAUAUAAUAAAGAAAUAGCGGCUAUUGUGGGCGAUUCGGUCAGAGAUUGUGUGGGCCCGGACGAGACAGCUAAGAAGAUAGCUGAUGUGGCACGUGCGCGAGCUUUGGACAGGAAACAUAGGACUCCUUUUUCUACUGCUGCUCAAGAAGCUGGAUAUGCUUACUAUGGCGGUAAACUUGACGAUUUAACUGUUCUUGUCUCUUUCGUUUCUGCUUAAAAAUGCCUGGAAUUUUCCCCCCACUUGAGUUAGUUUCUGCUUUCGAAGUGUUUAACCUGCACGAAUGAUUAAUACUACCGACACUACUUUUGCGAUUACUUUUUUUU